AUGCUGAACAUGCAGCCUAGCAGCUCUGACACCGACCCCGCGCCCAGCUGGACACCACAGCCACAAGGACCCAGCCCUGCCAAGCGACGCCGCCUCCACGAGCCCCAGGGGCCACUCGGCCUGGAAGAGCCCCCCGAGUCCACCAGCGAUGUAUCGACCUCUAUGGUGAUCCUGGUCGCUGACUGUGCCGUGCAGCUACAGCUGGAUUUCGUCAAACUGCUGCUGGAGCCGGAUGCCACCUCGGUCCUGGAAGUGGAGCUCCCUGAAAACACCAUCAUCCUGGUGCCCGAGGGCCUCCAGGCUUCUCACCAUCUUGGACAGCCUGGGAUCUUCUCCGCCAGCCCGCAGGGGGGCGCUGUCCUGGAAAUGCCAGUGGGCCACCUGCUAGUCCUCCAGCCGGGAUCCUCCUGUCAGUUCAUUCUAGAAAGUUCCUACCAAGAGGAAUCCUAUGAUGAGGAUGAAGACUCUGGCUCCCUGUCACCCUGGAUGGAUCCUCCAUCUGGUCAGUACAGCCUAGGCUACUGGAAAGUCAUUCCCACACUCCUGGGCGGAGCCUCUGAAUUGGAGGCUCGAGGGGCGGAGCCUAGCGUGACUUUUCACGACUUGACUUUCCGGUCCAACACUGGGGAUUUAAUUGACGUCCUGGGUGUAUCCGGUGUGACGUGA